AUACCAACCGCUAGGCGUCCCGCUGUCCCGAAGGAUCCUCGGAUCCCCCCCUCGAUCAUCUGUGCGGCAGUGGGUUCCCAUUAUUCCCGUGCGCAGUAAACGCUGGUUAUGUGCCUGACGCGUUGUUGGCAGGCUGAAAAGUGACGGACUGGCGCCGAGCAUGUGGCUGACAGCUCGCCUGGGCUUCAUUCCCACGUCCCGAUACAAAACCCAACGCGAAACCAGCUCACUCCAAUGAGGGGCACUCGGCAACAACAAAGGUGAAAAAGGCCUCGGUCGCGCAGUAAAGCACCCCAGCGGGCUUCGCCAAAGGACUCCCCGACAAAAUUCCCGUCACCCGUGAUGUGCCAGCACGCUCAUCUCUUCUCGUCUGACGCCGUCCAUGCCACGGGUAGUGCCAAAUCAGCGGCUGAUACGUGAUUGCUCCGAUCGCAAGAUGACAACUCGGGCAACGUUAAGCCUAGCCCCCUCGUCUCCGCUUCGUCCGUAGUCCCUCAAAAUUGUGGCGGAGACAUGGUUUUUUCCUUCUCCGGGCUGGCAGCGACUUCCCUUGCUUCGAUCGUCGGGCCCUGAACAUUCGUUCCAACAUGGGAAAUUGUUUGAAGUCGAUGUCGUCCGAUGACAUCUCGCUACUGAGGGACAACCAAGGCACGCGAGACUCGUCAGCUGAUCCGCUGGGACCUCCACCUCCGUACCAGGAGACAGUGUCGAUGCCCGUCUACUACCCGUCGCCCAACGUGAGUCGGCCGGCCUGUCAGCUGACGGAAGAGGAACAGGUGGUGAUUGCCCAGCGGAUGGGCCUUAUUCAGCACCUUCCGACUGGCCUCUACGACGGCAGCAAGAAGAAUCGAGAGUGUGUGAUCUGCAUGGGCGAGUUUGCGAUGGGGGACGCGGUGCGGUUUCUGCCCUGCAUGCACAUCUACCAUACGGACUGCAUCGACGACUGGCUCAUGCGCUCCUUCACCUGCCCCUCCUGCAUGGAGCCCGUUGACGCCGCCCUGCUCACCACCUACCAGACCAACUGAGCCGGGUGCGGGGGCUCCGCCCACCCUGCGCGGAGGCACAGUUACCCGGUGAAGUGCGGUUGGAUCGAAAAUUCGCAGCUUGUGCGCAGGCACGGCCAAGGUACUUCGUGCAUUGUCCCAGUGAGGCCGUGCGGAUCUUCGGUGGGUUCCACGGAACGUUUCGGCGCACCGCAAGUCCGGCGAUUCGGCUGGAAGCCGAAGCCAAUGCCUCCCUUCCGAAGUCCAGCGGGUAUCCAAGUCGACCAAAGACCGACUCCUGCCCGAACUUUGCCUGCUCCGUCACCAAAGUCUCCGUCUGGCAGGCGUCCGAGCGGCGAAAUCUGAGAAGGGUGCGACGCGUCGCAAGUGCACGAGGACAGUGUCGCUUCGGCUCCACGUGAUCAAAAGUGUCUCUGAAGGAUCUCGUAUGUACGCAACUGGCGCGCGUCAACGCACAAGGCCUUGUACUGACCGGCUUAUGUCGAUAUGUAUAUAGGGGGUGUUUUAGCAUUCUAUCGGGGGCGCGUCGCAGAAUCUGGCGACCGGGGAGAAAAAAAGUAAAACGCAAAAAGGAUGCCGCCCGUAACUUGCAGAGUGGAUACAAACACAGAGUCCGACUGCUUUGCAGUUCUGGCAGCCGUCUCAGAGUCGUCUCCGAACAGUUGCGAGAAACGCUGGUCACACGGGGCGAGCAAUAUUAUUCGGAGACUGCCACCGUCGGUUUCUACAGCACACUCUUUUAGAGGUUACGCGUGCGCACAUCUAUAGGUGUGCGGCUCUUCGCUAAGCGCCGCCGCGGGGCUUCGUUUUUAAUGCACGCCGAGACGCUUUCUAUUUAUUGAUUUUCGCAAUCGAGGCGCCCUUUCCCCUCCCCCCUAUUUUUUAGCCGGUUUGGAGUCUGGGUUCGAGAGUAUAUAUGUAGUCGAUUAUUUAGUCCUAUUUGUUUUAUUCCGAAGGUGACGCACUCGGAGCAUCGCAUCGUGUAACCUCUUUUAUUUUUUCACUUCAUAGAGAAAAUGGGGUAUAUAUAUAUAUAUAUAUACAUAUAUAAAAAAAGAUGCUUGGAUGCUCGCGCUUGUUUUUAUGGCUUGCAUUGUUGCGGCGUUUUCAAAGUCAUCUUUGUACUUAAUUAUUUAAUCGCCGUCAACUAUCCAAACUAGGUGGAGCCUUUCUUGUUUUGUUUUUAAUUGCUACGGUAUUAGUAGCCUGUAGGGUUCAAUUCGACAAAUUGUUUGGAACGAGAAUGUAACGUGAGAGCAUGCAACUGUGCAAUUUGUUUUUGUUUGUUUUUAAGGAAAGAUCAAAGGAACGUUGUAAUGCCUUUCACAAAGUAAUCCUGGCCUAGUCACUAGAUGCCGGCGCAAUGUUUGGGGUUGACUCUAGGCAACUGUACAUAAGGGAAAAUAAAAGACUUCAAAGCAGUUGUAGAAUGCUGCACUGCA